GCCGGAGUAGGGGAGGGUUCAGAUGUGGUCGUUAGAAGGAAAAGAAGGGUGCCGUGGGGCUGUGGCUUCGCCGCCGGAAUUGGGAGAACUACUGGACGGGAUCAUGUUGACCAAACCUCGCUGCAUCGACGGAGGGUCAACGAACCACCUGGUGUUUGGAAAACUGCUGCUGGAAGUGAACGGAAUCCGCCAGACGUCGGAGAAGAUUACAACGACGCCGGAAAAGGGGAGGAUUCACCAGGACGCUGCUGCCUACCGCCGAAGCCGCUGCAAGGGUUGCCGGUGGAAAGAAGCUACUGUACCGUCGCCGUUACCUGCGGCAGUGAAGAAUACGUGAUGAUGCUUAUGUUGACUGAUGAUUGCUUGAUUCCCGAGAGCGGUUUAGAGAUGCCUUAGUCAAACCUAGUCAAGAAUUAUAAUUUAAUUAUGUUGAACACUUGUUUUACUUUGUUCAGUUUUGUGAUUGCCUGUGCAUUCGGUUAAGAGAUGACCGGAUGUGGCGGUAACACCCAUUUCCCAAUUAGUGUUAUUUCCGCUGC